AUGUCAUCUUCAGAAAACGUAUCGACUAAUAAUAACAACAACAGUAACAACAACUCUAGAGUACCAAGGAAUGCCCAAAGAUUAGCUUUACAUAAUGUUACAAACACAACUUUGGCACAAGAGAAUGUUCUUCAAAAUUUAAAACCAAGCAUCGUUUCAAAGAAAGAAAUCCUAAAAGAAUCUAUAGAUAGGUCAAACUUUGUUUCUAGUUCCUCGAUUCCAAAUUCACAAUCCUCGAACACGUCUACAUCCACAAAUAUAAAAUCUUCGGAAUUAAAUAUUAAACAAAACCCAAUUAAGCAACCCAAUUUAGAUGAUAAAGAAAAUCUUGACCCUUAUAUAACGACAAGUAAAAGUUUACCAUCCAUCGAAGAGGAAAAUGAAAUCAUCGAUUCACAACAUGUCCUUAGUGAGCAGCGAUCGAUUGUUGAGAAAAAAGAUGUAUCUACCACUAAUUCAAAGGAUUUGCAAGAGAAGAUGAAUGUAGGUAAAAAGAGACCGAUUUCUACUGUAGUAGAACAAGAAGAACCUAAAAAAUUCAAAGUAUGCGAUGAAAAUGGUACUGAAGAAUAUGAGUGGGAAGAUCUAGAUGCCGAAGACGCCAAUGACCCAUUCAUGGUUAGUGAAUAUGUCAACGAUAUCUUUGAUUAUUUACAUCAUCUAGAAGUUGUAACAUUACCUAGGAAAGAAGACCUAUAUCAACAUAGAAAUAUCAGACAAAAUAGAGAUAUUUUGGUUAAUUGGUUAGUCAAAAUUCAUAAUAAGUUUGGUUUACUGCCAGAAACACUAUAUUUAGCAAUUAAUAUCAUGGACCGUUUCCUAUGCAAAGAACUAGUUCAACUUGAUAAAUUACAAUUAGUGGGUACAUCGUGCCUAUUCAUUGCAUCAAAAUAUGAAGAAGUUUAUUCUCCAAGUAUAAAACAUUUUGCUUCUGAAACAGAUGGUGCAUGUACAGAAGAAGAAAUAAAAGAAGGUGAAAAUUUUAUUCUGAAGACUUUAGAUUUUGGUCUCAAUUAUCCAAAUCCAAUGAAUUUCUUAAGAAGAAUAUCAAAAGCGGACGAUUACGAUAUACAAUCACGAACAUUAGCUAAAUUUCUUCUUGAGAUAUCAUUAGUAGAUUUUAGAUUUAUUGGUAUAUUACCUUCACUAUGUGCCGCAGCUGCAAUGUUUUUAUCAAGAAAAAUGUUAGGUAAAGGUAAGUGGGAUGGGAAUUUAAUUCAUUAUUGUGGCGGUUAUACAAAAACUCAAUUAGCUCCAGUAUGCCACAUGGUCAUGGACUAUUUAGUUAGCCCUAUUAUUCACGAUGAAUUCCACAGAAAGUACCAAUCUAGAAGAUUUAUGAAAGCAUCCAUAAUAUCGGUACAAUGGGCUUUAAAAGUAAGGAAGAAUGACUACGAUAUAAUGACAUUACAUGAAUAA